AUGAAAAUGAAACAUUCGGAAUCGUUUUUUGUCGUAUUUAACGGCCGAAAAAUACGAUAUCGUAUAAUACGGUGAUUUUCUGAAAAAAACGACGUUUUUUUUAACCUUGGCUAGAGGUGCCUUGCACUGGCGCGCUCUCUGCUAGCGCUAGGCUCUUUUGUGCCGUGCUUGCUAGAGGUGCCUUGCACUGGCACGCUCUCUGCUAGCGCUAGGCUCUCUCGCGCCGUGCUUGCUAGAGGUGUCUUGCGCUAGCGCGCUCUCUGCUAGCGCUAGGCUUUCUCGCACUGGCGCCUUGUGUGUUGACGGCGUGCGAUCUACAUGCUGCGGCGAUGGGCAACUGGAGGGGGGAGAGGAGAAUGAGGAGGAAAGCAGUAAGGAAGGUACAAGUGUCCUUAAAGGUGAGUGAUUGUUACGUUGUACUAUUUUCGGUUUCAUUGUGUUUCUUUCUCUCGUAACUUGUCUUUUCCCUCCCGCAGUACAUGCCUCCUUGCAUCCAACUUGCGUGCUUCUUGCACAAUAUAUUGCUAUUACACUCAUGUGAACACAUAGAUCUGUAGGCCUCAUGAAUGCACACAACUUUUCCAGCAGUUGCCGAAUGACGCACCAUUCAUGCAUUCCUCAUAGUUCUCUUGUGUGCUCCUACUUUUCCAUGCAGGCCACUUCCGAGGUCAGGAGCUGGAAAGUGGAAGAGAAGGGGGAAAGGGAUGGGAAAGAUAGAGGAAAGGGGGAGGGGGAGGGGGAGCGGGGGGUGGGGGAGGGGGGAUCAGGGGAGAAGGAGAGUGAGAAGAGAGGGAGGUUUUGGAGAGAUGUGCUGGUUGAUAAGUAGUUCCAGAUGUCUAGCUUUGAAUCUCCGUGUACAUAGUGAGUGUGGAUGCAUAUGUGAAUGUGGUGUGGCACGAAUUUUGUCUGCUUCGGGCGUGCUGCUUAUGCUAGGCAGGGCUGACGUUUCAGAGAACGGCACUCUAAUUUUACCCCCCAAAAAUUUCCGAGUCUGGGGUCAUUCUUCAAAAUUCCGCUGUUCUGAAAUCUGUGUCAAAAAGUCUGUCAAACAUGUGUAUCUCUAAUGUUUGCAUAG